AUGAAAGAUCUUGGUCCUUUGCAUUAUUUUUUGGGAAUUCAAGUAACUCGCAACUCAAAUGGCCUUACACUAUCUCAGGCUAAGUAUGCGCUAGAGAUAUUGGAUCGUUCUCAGAUGAAAGAUUGUAAACCUAUGGGCACACCUAUGAUGCCCAAAACUAAAGGACUCACAUGUGAUGUCCCUUUUCCAGAUCCAGGUCACUAUCGGAGUAUUGUUGGAGCACUUCAAUAUCUCACCCUUACUCGCUCUGACUUAGCCUUUUGUGUUAAUUUUGUAUCCCAAUUUUUGCAUUCUCCCACUAUGGCUCAUUACAAAAUGGUAAAACGCAUCCUUCGCUAUUUGCACGGUACUCUUGAAAUUGGUAUUCAUUUUAGCUCACAUUCUACACUUAAUCUCUAUGCAUUUUCUGAAGCAGAUUGGGCAGGUUGUUCUCUUACUCGUCGCUCCACCACAGGCUACUGCAUUUUUCUAGGCAGUAACUGCAUUUCCUGGUCUGCCAAGAAACAAAAUACCAUAUCCCGAUCUAGCUCUGAAGCAGAAUAUCGAGCCAUGGCGAGCACCACUGCAGAAAUUACUUGGAUUUCAUUUCUAUUACGUGAUCUUGGUGUUACUCUUCCAGCGGCACCUAUUUUGUUCUGUGAUAAUCUCAGUGCUCUACAUAUGACUGCCAAUCCAGUUUUCCAUGCCCGAAGCAAGCAUAUCGAGAUUGAUUAUCACUAUGUAAGAGAACGUGUUGCUCUUGGUCUUCUUCAUAGCCGGCACAUUCCGGCCUCUUCUCAACUUGCCGAUAUUUUCACCAAGCCUCUUGGACGUCCUGCGCUUUAUUCUUUACGCACCAAACUUGGCCUUCUAUCUCGGCACAGUUUGCAGGGGACUAUUGAAAAUACUCAGAAACCAACGGCUACUAAGCCUUACAUGGAAACCCAGCCAUACACAAGUCACCCAACGGCUACAAAACCACACAUGGAAACAAAGAUACUCAACGGCUAA